CCAAAGUCACAUGAUUGAGAAAAUGGCGACCACCAUUACAAUUACGUUCAUAAUACAGUUGGUUGUUGCCGUAGGACUUUUAUUCCCUGGAUCUUUUCAGCUGGAAAACAAAAGAAAGUUUGAAAUCGACUACGCCAACAACACAUUUUUGAAAGAUGGACAACCCUUCAGAUACAUCUCUGGGAGUUUCCACUAUUCCAGAGUUCAUCCGUACUAUUGGAAAGACAGAUUAAUGAAAAUGAGAGCAGGUGGCUUGAACACAGUUCAAGGUUAUGUACCUUGGAAUGUGCAUGAGACAAAACCAGGAGAGUUUUACUGGGAUGGUUUUUCAGAUCUCCCUAAGUUUCUUUCACUUGCUCAAGAAUCGGACAUGCUUGUUCUGCUUCGAUUGGGACCCUACAUUUGUGGAGAGUGGGAAUAUGGAGGAUUUCCAGCAUGGUUGUUGUCAAAAGAUUCAAAUAUGAUUCUUCGUACCAGUGACCCGUCUUACAUGAAAUGGGUAGACAAGUGGUUUACAGAGUUACUGACUACAAUUAAACCGUUUCUAUACAACAACGGAGGGCCUGUCAUCAUGGUUCAGAUUGAAAAUGAGUAUGGAAGCUACUUUGCCUGUGACAGGUCCUAUGGAGUAAUGCUGCGAGAUAAAGUUACAAGCAUUCUGGGCAAUGAAGUGGUCAUCUACACCACCGAUGGCUGCAACUUGAGGGAUGUUUUUUGUGGCAAAGUUGACCAAGUGUACCCAUCAAUUGAUUUUGGUGCUGACCUGGAUCCAAGUUCAUGCUUUCAGGCACUUCGUUUUUAUCAACCAAAAGGACCUUUGAUCAACUCAGAGUAUUACACUGGCUGGCUGGACCAUUGGGGCUCUCCCCACUCCACACGGGGCACCACGCAAGUCAGUAAAAGUCUGGACAAGAUACUUGCCCUCGAUGCCAAUGUGAACAUGUACAUGUUCAUUGGAGGCACAAACUUUGGGUUUUGGAAUGGUGCCAACUACAAACCGUAUCAACCGGUGCCGACCAGUUACGACUAUGAUGCUCCACUCACCGAAGCUGGUGAUGUCACUCUCAAGUACUACGCCAUUAGAGACAUCAUAUCCAAAUAUGUGAAACUGCCACCUAUACCAAUUCCUCCAAAUACCAACAAAACGAAAUAUGGAAAAAUACCAAUGGAAUUUGUAUCCACUGUGCAAGACGCGUUGCACGUUUUAACUCCUGAAGGACCAUUUAAGGCAAAGUAUCCAGUUCCGAUGGAGAAAAUAAAUUUUUAUAGCGGAUUCAUUCUGUACCGCUCAAUUCUGACUGAAGAUUACAAGAAACCCGUUACUCUAAACAUCCAUUCUGUGAGAGACAGAGCCAUGGUGAUGGUCAACAGUGUCCCUUUCGGCAUAUUAGACAGGGAAGGUGCUUCAUCUGUGUCUAUCAAAGGACUUAAAGGACAGACUGUGGACAUUCUUGUGGAGAAUCAAGGCAGAAUAGGCUUUGGAUAUGGAAUGAAUUUUAAUUUGAAGGGCAUUAUCUCCAAUGUGACGGUUGGUGACAAAGUUGUCACAAACUGGCAGAUCUAUCCCCUCCACAUAGAAAACAUCAACCAAACUGUUGUGUCUAGGAUGAAGUCUAGAUCAUCUCAAAGACAGCCUUUCUCCUCUGCUGACUCAAAGUUGACGACACCUUCAAUAUACGUCGGUACUGUCGACAUAGCUUCACCCAAUCAGCCAACAGACACCUUCUUGGAUCCAAGACCCUGGGGCAAGGGACAAGCAAUCGUGAACAACUUCAAUUUAGGAAGGUACUGGCCGUCGAGAGGCCCCCAAGUGACCCUGUACGUCCCUAAGCCUGUCUUCAACUCCCACACCUCACAGAACCAGCUGUUCUUGUUUGAGCUGGAGCGAGCUCCAUGCUCCACGGCCUCCAACUGCUCAGUGACGUUCACAGAUGUGCCAUAUCUGGAUGGACCCAAUAAACCAGACAAUAAAAAAGAUCUUCCUUCAUUAGGAUACACAGGUCAUAAUCAACAUUGAGCUUACCACAUUUUGUUUUUGUAAUAACAAAUGACUGAGUCUGUGUUCUCACGUUUACCCUUAAAAAAUUUGUUUUUUAAAUUCAUGUGAGAUACAGCUGAGAGAUUUGAAUGUUACUGCUCACUCUUUUAAAAAAAAAAAGUUUCCUGUAUGAUACUAAACCAGUGAUGCGCAUAUAUUUGAAAUGCAUUCUCUUGUGUGUGGUGUGCAUCUCAUUAACAUGCACUUUGUCCAUAUGUUUACAUUCAGUACAGCUGUCAGGAUCCCUUCGAAAAUUUUACCAGAUAAUUUUGUUGUAAGAUAAUGUGUAUCAUAAGUUUUGUUUGAGCAGUAAAUUACUGUUAGAAUUUUAUUCCACUGACUGUGAAGAUUGCAGUAAUGUAGCGUUACAUUUUGGAUAGGCCUGUAUGGCCAAUAGAAUUUUUGUAUUGAUUGAAAACAUGUGGUUGAAUCACUUGAAGAGUUUUAAUUCAAGUAAUCCUUUGUAAACGAAUCUAGCAGCUGGCAAUUUUAAUAAGAUUAUUUUCCACUCAAGUGCUUCUCUCCUUAUACAGAAAUCUGUGAUUGAGAAAUGUGACCGCUGACAAUCAGUGCUAGUUCUCUUGUAUACUUUUAUUUUAUACCUUUGCUUUUAAACCAGAUCUAAUUCAAAUCUCAUGACUAUGUUCUUACUGUUAAUUUGUAGCAAAUUCAGUUAAAGACGCUUCUGUGCUUUAUUUUUUCUCAAUCAGUUGUACUUGAUCUGCAAAAUU